AUGGAGGGCAGAAUUUAAUUGUAAAACAAUAUGUUUAAAUAAAUCCAUAACCAAAAUAAAAAAGUUUUGUAAUCCUAACACUAAAAUUUCACUGGUCAGUCCAAAUUUUGUUUUAAAUACUAUUGCUAAACUAGUGAAUUAGUCAUUAUUAAAGGCGAGACUUUGGAAACUAAAUCGAAUAGAAUUAGACUGCAGGGAAAAUUCAAUAUUCGUAAGCUAAAUUAUUAUACUAUCAAAAUUAAGUAUUAAUUGCAACUUAUUUGCAAGGAAGUCAAUGCAGAAUAAUUUUGUAUUUAUCUUGAAUUAAAUGACGAAAUUCUCUCACCAUUCACAAAUGUAAUCAUGCCCCAAUUUUAUUUUGGAUAUAUCAAAGAUAAUAACGUGAUCUAAUGA